CUCAAAGGAAAGGACUGAAGGGGAAACAUAUAAGUUACCAUAAAGGAUCAAGUUAUUUUUUUCUAUUGGUACAAGACCUUCGACUUUACCAAAAGUCCAGGGGCCAAAUACUCUUUUGUUUUCAAUGACAUCAUGGGCCUUGAGGAAGGAUCUGACAAUGGAGUCUCUGCGACUGACCUCAAACUGGCCCUGAGAGGACACGUGAAAGAAGGUUACAAGUUCAACUCUAAAAGUGCACUGAUGGAGGGUGAUUAUGGCUACAACUCCGAUCCCACUUUGGAAGACAAAGUUCAUGUUCUGGUGGGUGUUGUUCCUGCGGACGCAGUGUCCAGGAUAAGUGAUGAGAUGGUGAAGAAGAUAAGAGAGGUCAGACUUGCAGCCAGUGAACUGGGAAUUCCCCAAAUGGCUAUUAUCACCAAAGUUGAUGAAGCCUGUCCUGAGGUUAAAAAGGACAAUUGCGAUAUCUAUAAGAGCAAGUACCUGAAGGAAAAGGUUGAAGGAUUCCACCAGCGGCUGGGCCUUCCACUGAACUGCAUCUUCCUUCUGAAGAACUACAGUCAUGAAAUUGAGUCAAAUGACGAAGUGAGCGCUGCGAUAGUGUGUGCACUGAAACAGAUGGUUAUGUAUGGAGAAGACUACCUCAACGACCAGUAAACAUGAAUACCCCUGAGGCAAAAACACAGUAAGUGAUUUGUAGGGGAAUGAGGAAAUAUUCAGUACAUUUUACGCUCUUUGCAAGCAGGCAAGCUUGAAGCAUGAAAUAUGGACUAAAAAUGCAUUCAAAUUAGGUCCUAAAGUCUUUAUAUCAUUUAUCUCAUUGAGACUGCACAAUAGCAGGACAAUGCUUUGUCAUUACGUUGUUAGCUUGGUGUGACGUCAUCACGUGAUCUGGUCAACAACUCAGCUGUUGUGAUGGUGCGUUCACGUGCCGCCUGAAAGGAGUGAUUCAAAAGUCUUUAUGUUGACUCCCAGUAUUUAAUACAUCACCUGCUUUAACAAAUUAAUUCUACAUUCCUUGCUUGGUCUGUGCUUCAUUUUGUUUAUCUUAAAAAAACACAUAAAAAUCAGACAAACAAAUGAUUUUGCUUAAGAGAGGAACAGACAAAUAUGAUAUAUUUUGUUUAAUAUAAUUAUCUCAAUCCUGCGCUUUACCUCUCUGGAGAUUCUUUGUAUUCUUUUUCAGUUUGACCAAUAUUGUGUUGUACUGUUUUAUUAUUGUCUUGUAAUAUAAGUUGAUUAAUUAUAUUGUUAUUGUGGGCUUUGUAUCAUGUAGUGUGAGUUCCUGGUGGUGGGAAGUAAUGAAGCAAAAAUAUAAAAAAUAUACU